GCCGGCCACCAUUCACGAGCUUCCAAAUUCAUCCUGUCAGCUUGGUCAGCAAAACCUCCCGAAGUUUACUAUGGCCUACCGGCUUUAUCGCCUGUAGCCUUCGGCCUUUCCGUCGUGAUCCCUAUAUCUGUUCACUGCUUCCGACAUGUCCUAGGGUCUACUAUCUCGCUAUCUUGCUCUUCGAGCUCCGUCGUAAAUCAAGGGUUGUCCAUUAGACACCCCCCGGUUCCGACUCGUCUCUCCCUUGGCGCCACGUUCGCUGGCAGGAAGCAUGUCGUAGUUCACAUGCCGUGUGCUUCGAAGCCGACGCUUCCAUCGGUUCCGUCGGUCUAAGCCUACUAGACUCGUCGUACAUACCCCCACCAUCUAUGUCGCUGAACUGGCGUAGCUGUUUCGAAAUUUUAAUGUGGAAGCCCUGAUCGUUAUUGAUACAAAAAUUCCCUUUGUUCUUCGUCCUACCUUCGUCCCAUGAGCCGCCGUGCAAGAUGAUAGACCACGUCCUCGGAAAACCCUCUGUAAAGUCGCGCAGGCUUCAGGUCCUUGCUGUGUUGGCGUUCUGGUCCUUUUACCUAUUCAGAGGGCACAGACACGGACCGCCAUCUGUUCGGUACUUGUCCAAGAUCUCUUCGAAGCUGUUGACAACAUGGCAGACCAUCGUUCUUACCAUGAUGUACCUCUACGCCGCCCGGAACUUCAGUACCCUCGUCGGGCUUGCUAGUCCGGAGCCGAUGGCAAAUAUGUACGAUGCGAAGUACUUCCGCGCCACGUGGGUUCUGACCGCGCUCGAUGCGGGCUUCUGGACGGCCAUGAAGAUUAAGAGGAAGUGGGCACGCGACAUCGCCAGCCUGGUCUUCUCGUUGUUCUAUCUGUUCGCUGCGGAACGCGCAGACGAGAAGGUGCGGAAAGUCCGGGGAGCAUUGACGGUCGAACACCUACGGGUUAGCUGGAAUAAAGGAACCACGCCGUACCUCCAAGCUGCUCAGAACCUGAUGCGCCCCCGGUUCACGCGCUGGCCGCCGCGAGCCAUCCGCAUCCCUCGGCCUAGCUCUAGCGACUACAAGGAUUCCGUCGCUGGCUGGCUGUACUACGACGGACCCAUCUCGGACUUGGAACAUAUCAACAAAAUGAUCCUUGAUAUUCCUGGCGGAGGCUUUAUGGCGAUGGACCCGCGAUGUAAUGACGAUAAACUCUUCGCUUGGGCCGGAAAGACGGGUCUUCCGAUCCUUAGCUUGGACUAUAAGAAGGCACCGGAAUUUCCGUACCCAUACGCCCUCAAUGAGUGUUUUGAUGUAUACACGACCAUCGUCAGGAGCAAAGGGCGAUGCAUAGGGAUGUCAGGGACGCACGUUCCAAAGGUGGUGGUGACGGGCGAUAGUGCUGGCGGCAAUCUUGCGACCGCAAUGACCCUGAUGGUGAUCGGGAGUAUCGUUAACACGCGUCAAUCCUCAGCCCAAACAGAGCUACCUCUUCCAGUUGGCCUCGUGCUCAUGUACCCCAGCCUAGAUAUGAACAUUGGAAACUGGAUGUCCGAUGAGCAGAUGUCUCUUAUUAAAGACCGCCGGAUGCGAGCGACAAAUAAGGAUUAUCUGCGUCGGAAGAAUAUGCAGUACAACGAUUUGGUCGGCACACCUCACCAGUCAGACGACGAAGACGACGACCCCUCUGGCCUAGCACCCGGUGAAAACCGACUACAGACAUCAUCAGUCAACGGCGCAGAUCAAAACGGGUCCCUCAGCCCCCAUCCUGAAUACUCCCAUGCUAACCGCCAAACGUGGACGAAAUCGCCCUUACCCUCAACUGCUGUCUCGAAACAAGGGUCCAAUUCCGUGUCGACAUCACACCGGCCUGAGCCGAUGCGAACUCGUUUAGCUAUGGCCUCUAUGAUCUCCUAUUUUAACGACCGUGUCCUCACCCCCGAAAUGAUGCGCGCAAUAAUCAUAUUGUACAUCGGGCCGCAUAACCGACCCGACUUUUCCCAAGACUACCUGCUAUCCCCGAUCCUAGCGCCCGACAGCCUGCUAGAAAAGUUCCCGAAGACGCACUUUCUCACCGGGGAACGCGAUCCGCUAGUCGAUGAUACCGUCAUCUUCGCCGGGCGCCUACGCCGGGCGAAACAAGCUUUCCACUCGCAACGAAGUUCGCAGGGUAUGGGUGGCUUGGACGAUGUCACCGACUUCGACGAGAAGGACGUAGCCGAAAUCGUAUUGAUACCGGGCAUCAGCCACGGUUUCAUGCAAUUUCCGUCGGCGUACCCGCCAGCGUGGAAAUUGAUCGAUCGCUGUGCGCACUGGGCUGUGGAGCUGCUUAAUAACGAAGAGACACGCAAUAUGCGCGAACAGCAGAGCUUGUCGCGACGUUACCACGCCCGCACCGAAUCGAGCGGGGACGAAGAUCGGCCGCUCGAGAUAAGCAUGACCAAAAUGCGGACGAGAGCUACUAGCGACGAGUCCAAGGCGAGGCCACCAGCGAACGACUCCGAUAAAGCGGAGGGAGUCGGCGAAAGUAAGAGGACGAACGGAAACUCGAAGAAAAGGAGGUCUACCGCUAGGACAGGGUCCGGUCAGAGAUCCAAGAGUAUCGUUAAACUGAAUAGUUCAGAUGACCUCCUCGGGCGACGCAUGCAGGGCCUCGCCGGCUCAUUGACUGGAGCACAGGAGGAAGAAUAAGCAAUGCUCAAUGAUGUUGUUUUUUUCUCCCUCGAGCUUGUGAUGGUGUUUUAUCCCAUGCUUCGGUAUACGAAACGGCCUGCCUGCCAAGUUCUAGCAGCAGUAGAUGAUGUCCCCAUCUGGGGAUCUCCUUCGCUACUAUAGGCCUCGGUCUUACUUGCCGAGCGUCGUCAUUGCGGGAAAUCCCCAUAGGUCGGUAGCCCAUAUCACGGUAUCCCCAAUGCCUUGGCACUCGGAUCGGCCCGCGGCAUAUGACCCAAUGCUCGCCAACGCGGUUAAAUAUCAUACCA